UUUAACUACUGUUUUUCCUCACUGCCCAGAAUAUCCCCAUCCCAACACUGAAAGCUUAUGCUGAAGCCCUGAUGAAGAACACUGUGGUGGAGAGGUUCAGUAUUGUUGGAACAAGGAGUAAUAACCCCGUUGCAUUUGCACUGGCAGAGAUGCUGAGGGUGAACACGACCCUGAAGAGUUUGAAUGUUGAGUCAAACUUCAUAACUGGGACUGGAAUCCUGGCCCUCAUUGAGUCACUGCAGAAUAACACCACACUACUGGAGCUUAAAAUCGACAACCAGAGCCAGCCGCUUGGAAACAAAGUGGAGAUGGAGAUAGUCAGCAUUCUUGAGAAAAAUACCACCCUGUUAAAGUUUGGCUAUCAUUUUACCCAACAGGGCCCGCGUCUGCGAGGCUCCAACGCCAUGAUGAACAACAAUGACUUGGCCCGGGCCGUCAGGUCAGAAUCAGACGGCUCCAUCACCUUCACUCUGUCGGUACCUGAGCUGGAAAGAGCCUUUGGAAAAAAGUUCAAGUCCAAGACUAAUAAGAAAGAGAAGGCUUGAGGGAGGACCCAUCUUCCCAAAGUGUCGGACAAAUGUGUAGAAACGAAGCCUACCUUCAUCCUCUUCCAAUCAUCCAUGCGCUCCAUUAUCAGCCUCUUUGUUGGUUGGUAAAUGUUGAGAUUAUACUUUUAUUUUUCACAUCUGGAAUGUGCAUUUCUACAAAUUGGCAAAGACUUCAAAAACUGCAGCUGUUUGUACACAACAGCAAGGGGAGGCAUACUUUGUGUUAUUAUUAAGAGUCCUGUUUUGAAUGCAGACCUAAUGUAUAAGUAAUGGUCAUAUUUUGGCUCCUCCUGUUUGUGACAUGAGUUCAAUCUCUUUACUGAUGCUGUUUUGUAUGAGUUGUUUGACCAUUAGUAUUGUUCCGAGCAGUUUUGUUGUCAACUUAGAAUAGAUUCCAUAAAGGCAAUGUUAAAGUUCAGACUCAAAUGAUAAAAAUAUCAGUGCAUGAAAAUUUGAGGUAAUACCAAAUGUUUGUGCCAGAAACUCCGUCAUACAUUUUUCUCCGAUUAAAAGCUUGCAAUUCUGAGAUGUGUCCCUUUAUAUGAAGUAUAUUUAAUGGAAAAAAGACCUUUUAAAAGAUUUUCAGCUGUAAAAACAGCUUGAAUUAAUGGUGUCAGAUGUGUAAGAUGUUUGUUUUUUUUUCAU